AUGGGCAUGCUGGAGCUGUUCAUGUGGAUGCCACUUGCUUUGGCUUUUCUUCUAAGCAUGGGUGAUGAAUCAUCUUCCUCAUUCCUACCCGUUGAUAAUUACUUGCUCGCUUGUGGUUCUCCUGUUGACAUACACUUUCAGGGUCGCACUUUUUUCCGUGAAUCUGUCUUUGAGACACAUGCAUUAGAAUUGAAAACCCAGCAGGAAUCUGCUGCUGUUACCUCUGAUUCUGGUGCUCCAUCUCCAAUCUACCAGUCAGCUAGAAUCUUUUGGGGCCGUGCUUCAUAUAUUUUCAGCAUUCGACAGCCAGGCCAGCACUGGAUCCGCCUUUUCUUCUAUCCUUUUCCCAACUCUCACCAGAACUUGUCAUCUGCCUCAAUAACAGUAAUAGCUGAUAGUGCAGUGCUUCUCAAAGAUUUCACUUUCACAGAGUAUGAUCAUUCAUACGUGUUCAAGGAGUAUGCAGUCAACAUUCCAUCUCCCACCUUGUCUCUCACAUUCAUUCCUUCUGGAAACUCUUUUGUGUUUGUUAAUGCAAUUGAAGUUGUCUCUGUACUGAGUAAUCUCUCUGUUCCCAAUGAUUUCUCUUUGGAGCAUCAUUCAGAAGUGGUCCUUGAGACUGCUUACCGGUUGGAUGUGGGCUAUAAAUCUCUGGCCACUCGGAAUGACUACCUUGGUCGGAACUGGGAGGGUGAUGAAACAUACUUGGCCUCCAACACUAGGGCACUGGAUAUUUCAGUUGAUCCUUAUUAUAUACAUGAUAAUUCCGAAUCAACCAUACCUGCCAUAGCACCAAAAUGGGUUUAUGCUACAGCCAAAGCCAUAGCAGAUGCACGAAGUCCCAAUUUAAGUUGGGUCUUCCCUGCAAAUCCAAACUAUAGGUAUUUUGUCCGGGUGCAUUUCUGUGAUGUCAUAAACAUAACAAAUUUUAAUCUAUUCAUAAAUGAUGUUGCUUAUAAAAGAGUUGACUUUCUCUCUAAAUUUCGUCAGUUUUCUGUGCCGCAUUACCUGGAUUUUGUUGUCUCCACAAGAGGAAACAAUUUGAGAGUAAGUGUUGCUCCUGAUAGAACGGCAAAUAGUACAAACGCAAUCCUGAACGGGCUGGAGAUAAUGAAGGUCAUCAAUCAAGUUAGAACCUUGGAUCGACGGACAUUAUCAAUUAUAGUUAAAUCUAUCUUCGGUGCUGUAGCUUUCCUAGUUCUCACUACAGUAGCUUUAUAUUACUUAAAAGCUUAUAGGUCAAGGCGAGCUUCAGAACUACCCCGAUUUCAUGCAGGCUUCACUUUACAAGAAAUCCGUGAAGCAACAAAUAACUUUGACCAGUGUCUGCUUCUUGGAGAAGGUGGCUUUGGCAAGGUCUACGAAGGAACAAUGGAUACUGGGAAAAAAGUAGCGAUCAAAGUAGCCAAUCCCCAUUCAAGACAAGGUUUUCAAGAAUUUCAGAAUGAGAUUGAACUACUAUCCAAGCUCUCUCAUCAGAACCUUGUCUCUCUAAUAGGCUGUUGUAAUGGAGACUCGCAAAUGAUUCUAGUCUAUGAACUCUUGGCAAAUGGAUCUUUAAGUGGCCAUCUCUAUGGGACAAACUUUGUUACUCUUUCAUGGAGGCAACGACUAGAAAUAUGCAUUGGGACUGCAAAGGGUCUUCAUUACCUUCACACAGGGGCUGCUCGAAGUAUAAUCCAUCGUGAUGUUAAGACAGCAAAUAUUCUCUUGAAUGAGAAUUUUGUUCCAAAACUUGCUGAUUUUGGCAUCUCUAGAAAAGGCCCACCCCUUGACAAGAGCCAUGUAACAACCCUUGUAAAGGGCAGCUUCGGUUACUUGGAUCCGGAAUAUUUCAGAACAAAAUAUCUCACGGAGAAAUCAGAUGUGUUCUCAUUUGGGAUGGUUCUGAUGGAAGUUCUUUGUGGCAAGCCUGCUUUAGAUGACACUCGUCCUACAGAACACAUUAAUUUGGCAAAAUGGGCAUCAAGCUUCCAAGAAAAGGGCACCUUUCCAGAGAUCAUAGACCCCUUUUUGAUUGGGCAAGUGAACUUGGAUUCCUUGAACAAGGUAUGUAAGCUGGCUUGGAAGUGCUUAGAGGAGAGUCGCAAAAACAGGCCACCAAUGGGGUACGUACUGUUUGAACUAGAAGACGCUCUCCACCUAGAGUUGGCUUCACCUCUCUGGCAAGUUUAUGUGCACUGUGCCAUUGAUGUGGUUGCAGAAAAUGGAAUCAACGAUGAGAAGGAACAAGAUGUUGCUUGA